UACAUUAAAAAAAUCAGAGGACCAGCCAUAAAAAUAAAUCAAAACAUAAGAGGAAUACUAGAGAGAGGCGCGUCCAUGGCAUCCAGUGAAUGAUUUCAGUCACCUGACGGCAAAUUCAGUUGCUGGCAAUUGACGGCGAUUGCAAUGGCCGAACAGAGAUUCGUCAAGAGACGGAAGAAGACAGAAGCCACAACGACAUCGCCGUCAACAAACGGCAAAAAGGAUCGCAGGUCGCGAGUUCGAAACGCACCUCUGGCAGUCGAUCCAGAAGGAGGCAUCUGGUGUUGUGCGCCCUGUCCUUCUCCAAUUGCCGUUACGAAAAACCUUAAAAACCUCAAAGAUCUCCAAAAGCAAAAGCAAAAGCCAAAGCCUUCCAAACCUCUCCCUCCCGGGGAUUCGAACCCCAAGCCCGCUGAUGUUGAACGCAAAGCCUUGAAUUCCAAUGGAUCGCCAUUAAGGCUAACGGAGCCGGCCGUUAAAAUUCAGACGGCCGUUGACGAAAACAGCAAUAACAACAAUAAUAAUAAUCAGCCGCAGCCGCCACAGCAGCAGCAGCAGCAAAGAAUUGGCUACAAAUUUAACGAUGCAGAGAGCAGCGACGUCAGGGUUUCCGUGUGUGGAAAAGAGGGAACGUGUGUUAAUUUGAACUUGCACAUACAGGUUUUGGUUAAGUGCAGCAAUUUAUUUGCUGCAAAGCUGGCCGAGCAACACACUUUGCCUUGCUUGCUGGAGAUCGUGGAGUGUGCUGACAUGGAGAUGUAUGUGGAGACUUUGCGCCUCAUGUAUUCUUCAGAUUUGAAGCGCAGGCUCAUGAGAGAAAGCCUUUCCAGAGUGCUUCGCAUUUUGCAGGUUUCAGCUGCUAUUGCAUUUGAUGCUGGCGUGUUCUCAUGCUUGGAGUACUUGGAAGCUGUGCCUUGGACAGAGGAAGAAGAGGAAAAAGUGGUUUCAUUUCUCAUACAACUGCAGCUGGAUAGCAAUGGAACAGGGAAAGUUUUAAGAAGGGUAUUGACAGAAAAUACAAGUGGAUCUGAAGAUGUUAUCGUCCAUAUCUUACAACUUGUAACCAAAGCUAACAAUGAGAAAGCAAGACGAGAAAUGAAACCAUUGGUUUCAAGAAUGCUGAGAGAAAAUGCAGCUCAAAGCAAUAACACUUUUGAUGUUAGCAAUGUGAAUCUUUAUGAUGCUUGUCGCAACUGCUUGGAUCUACUUUUCCAUUACUUCAUUCAAAUAAAAGGUCCUAAUUUCUUGGAUAGUUCAAGUGAAGACAGGUGUUCAAUAAUGAGUCAAAUAUCUCGUCAAGCAGACAAUCUCCAUUGGCUGCUUGACAUUUUGACAGACAGGCAGAUUGCAGAUGAUUUUGUAUGCAUGUGGGCCAAUCAAUCUGAGCUUGCAGCCCUUCAUUCGAAGAUUCCAAUAAUGUUCCGCUACGAAGUAAGUCGCCUUACUGCAAGAUUGUGCAUUGCUAUAGGGAAGGGUCAAGUCUUGGCAUCCAAGGACAUUAGGUUGUUAUUUCUACAAACCUGGCUGCAGCCUUUGAUUGAUGACUAUGGCUGGAUUCAGAGAGCCUGCAGAUCAUUGGACAUGAAAGUUGUUGAGGAGGGAAUAUGCCAAACAAUUCUCACUCUGCCUCUUAAAUAUCAGCAAAAUAUAUUGCUUAGUUGGCUAAAUCAGUUCUUAAGCAAUGCUGAUGAGUGUCCCAACCUACAGAAAGCAUUUGAGGUAUGGUGGAGAAGAACAUAUAUAAGGCCCUACAUUGAAGAUGAGUGAAAGUCCGUUGAAACUUGCGUGAGUUCAAAAGCACUUGGAAACAAUGAUCCAGAUUCCAAUAUGACUGCCAGAUUCUUUUUAUUGAACUGACUUGCUGGCAUGGUAGAAAACAAGACCUUGAUGACAGAUUUAGAAAUCUUUGAUGCCAAAGCCACUGUUUUUGGAGAGGUCAAAGCUUUCUUAACAUUGUUUAUAGAGUGGACAGUUUCAAGUCCCAAAAAGAUGUCAAACAUUAAAUUAUGAGAUAGUUAACACUUAACAGGAUAAGUAAGUGAAGAGAAAAAAAUCUCUCGAUCUCAAGACUUGGGAUACAGAGAUUGAGAUUGGGGUUUUGGUUGCAAUUCAAUACUUAGGCAUGCCAAAGAGUACUGAUUGAAGUCCAUUUUUCAACACAUGCAUGCAAGACUCAGUUUGCCUUUGACUGUAUCACGAAAAGUGCUUUGUAUAUAAAAAAUGAGUGUGUGUAGAACUAAUUACUCUGUUUUCAUUUGUUCCAUUUCAGAGUAAUCGAUCAAUUUGAAUUAUUCGGUAUA